UCGGCAACCUCUCUUCAUCCAUCCAUCCAAAAAUUUCUCUCUUUUCUUCCUUUCUUUACCGUCGAAUUCCGUCGAGUGGGGAUUCGAAUUCCAUAUCCGUUUCUAUACACCCGGUUACGCAAUCCGUGUAAAAUCCGCCACCGGCGGAGAGAUGGCGGAGGAUUACCAGCAGCAGCCCGGCCGCCGCGCCAUCGUCCCCGGCUCGCCGCCGCUGCCCUACGCCUACGCGUCGCUGCCGCCGGAAGAUGACGGCGACCUCCGCCGGCGGACGGCCGGCACCGGCGGAGAGAGGUGGCGGGCGUGCGCGGCCGUGCUGGCGGCGUCGGCGGUGGUGGUGCUGGUGGUGGCGAGCGCGCUGGCGGGGGCCAGGACGGACCGGGCGGCGCUCCCGCCGGCGUCGGAGACGGCCAGGACCCGGGGGCCCGCGGCGGGCGUGUCGGAGAAGACCUCCGGCGCGGCGGCCGAGUUAAUGGUCGGCGCCGGCGCCGGAGCUGAUGCGGAUGGGUUCCCGUGGAGCAACGCCAUGCUGCAGUGGCAGUUCACCGGGUUCCACUUCCAGCCCGAGAAGAACUGGAUGAACGAUCCCAACGGUCCGGUGUACUACCGCGGAUGGUACCACCUCUUCUACCAGUACAACCCGGAAGGGGCGGUGUGGGGCAACAUCGCGUGGGGCCACGCCGUGUCGCGGGACCUGGUCCACUGGCGCCACCUCCCGCUCGCCCUGGUCCCCGACCGGUGGUACGACGUCAACGGCGUAUGGACGGGCUCCGCCACCGUGCUCCCCGACGGCAGCCUCGUCAUGCUCUACACGGGCUCCACCAACGCCUCCGUGCAGGUCCAGUGCCUCGCCCUCCCCGCCGACCCCGACGACUCCCUCCUCCGCAACUGGACCAAGCACGACGCCAACCCUGUCCUCCUCCCGCCCCCCCGGAUCGGCCACCGCGACUUCCGCGACCCCACCACCGCGUGGUUCGACGAGUCCGACCGGACGUGGCGCACCGUCAUCGGGUCCAAGGACAACCGGGGGCACGCGGGGAUCGCCCUCGUCUACAAGACCAAGGACUUCGUCAGGUACGACCUCAUCCCGGGGCUGCUCCACCGCGUCGACGGCACGGGCAUGUGGGAGUGCAUCGACUUCUACCCCGUCGGAGACAAGGAAGAGUUGCACGUGAUGAAGGCGAGCAUGGACGACGACAGGCAUGACUACUACGCGCUCGGCAAGUACGACGCUAAGGCCAACACGUGGACGCCCAUCGACCCGGAGGCCGACGUCGGCCUCGGGCUGAGGUACGACUGGGGGAAGUUCUACGCCUCCAAGACGUUCUACGACCCCGCCAAGAAGAGGAGGGUGCUAUGGGGGUGGGUCGGCGAGACCGACUCCGAGCGCGCCGACGUUGCCAAAGGAUGGGCAUCGCUCCAGUCUCUGCCACGGACGGUGGCGCUGGACGACAAGACCCGGACGAACCUCCUCCAAUGGCCCGUGGAAGAAGUGGAAACCCUCCGGAUGAACUCCACCUCCUUCUCCGGCAUCACCAUCGACCACGGCUCCGUCUUCCCCCUUUCGCUCCGCCGCGCCACGCAGCUCGACAUCGAGGCCACGUUCCGCCUCUCCCCCUCCGCCGUCGCCGCCCUCACCGAGGCCGACGUCACCUACAACUGCAGCACGAGCGGCGGCGCGGCCCACCGCGGCGCGCUCGGCCCCUUCGGCCUCCUCCUCCUCGCCACCCCGAACCCCGGCGAACAGACCGCCGCCUACUUCUACGUCACCCGAGGCACCGACGGCGAGCUCCGGACACACUUCUGCCACGACGAGUCGAGGUCGUCCAAGGCCAACGACAUCGUCAAGCGCGUCGUGGGGAGCACCGUGCCGGUCCUCGACGGCGAGGGGUUGUCGAUGAGGGUGCUCGUCGACCACUCGAUCGUCGAGAGCUUCGUGAUGGGCGGGAGGUCCACGGUCACGUCUAGGGUGUACCCGACUGAGGCUAUCUAUGCCAAGGCUGGGGUUUUCAUCUUCAACAAUGCCACUGCUGGGGCUGUCACCGUGGAGAAGCUCGUGGUUCAUGAGAUGGAUCGGUCUUAUAACCAGGCCUUCAUGGACGACGACACCACCACAGACUUGUAGUACUCCAUGCUGCGUACGUACGUGACUAAUUAAUUAAUCAAUGGCUUGUCGAAGAUGAUCAGAUCGCCUACAUAUUUGUUAUUGAUCGUCAGAGGCUUCAAGAUUCAGUUCCUCUCUGUCGGAUGGAUAUGGAGACGGGAGUACUAGCAGCUAGCUACUGUGCUUGUUGUUAAUUAUCAUCUUCUUUCAUUUUUGGGUUUUUUGAGUGAGAGAUUAUUAGAGAUGGUAGUGAUGAUUUUAUAUCCAAUUGUAAAUGAUUUUUUUCUUCUCUUCAGAAAUUGAACUGAAUGGCAUGCAUUGAGCACAUGCCUUGCUUACUUAAUCUCUUCUGUCAGCUGUAUC